CUGUGCUCAGGCAGUGUAGAAAAUCCACGUGUACUGAUCUGGAAAUCCUUGGAGAGCUGGCCAUGAAAGUUUUUGUGCGAGACAGGUGAUCUUUUACGUUUUGAUGUCGUUAAUUCCUUAUUUUGGGAGUUGGAAAUGACGGAGGACAGGGGACUCGAGGAGAACACGAAAGAUCUGUUGUUCGACGGCCCGACAGGAUCGACAAUCGCCAAAUUCAAAGUGCGCGUUGGAGAGCAGGUUUCUCGUGGCCAAGUGCUGUUUACUUAUCGAAUUCCUGGCAAAGAUGACGAAAAAAUAUCCAAAUCUGACGAAGGAAAAUUCAGAUGCCCAGAAUCUGCCUUGAUUGUCCAAAUCCCGACCGAAAACGCAGAUGUUCUCACGAGCAGAGCCGUCGUGAUGCGGAUAAAGCCUGGCUGUCCCCAUGAAAUACGCAUGAAAGAUUUGUGCGCUGCUUGCGGCGCCGACCUGCGGGUGGAAAGUGGAUCCGGGAACGGCAACCGGAAGUCGGAGUCAGCACCGGGGGUGACAAUGGUGCACAAUAUAUCGGAGCUGAAAGUGAGCAAGGAGAUCGCUCAGCGCAUUGGCGAGGACGACCUGGUGCACCUGAUCGGCAAGCGGCGCUUGGCCCUGCUGGUCGACCUGGACCAGACCAUCAUCCACACGACCAUUGCUCCCGUCAACAAUAACUUGAAGGACGUGCACCAUUUCCAGUUGUCCAAGGGCCACUUCAACAAUCCCUGGUACCACACCAAACUGCGCCCGGGCACCCUCGACUUCCUCGCCGACCUCCUCAAGUAUUACCAGCUGCACAUUUGCACCUUCGGCAACCGCAUGUACGCCCACAAAAUUGCCGAGAUCCUCGAUCCCAAACAGACAUUCUUCUCCCAUCGCAUCCUGUCCCGCGAUGAGAUCUCCGACCCCUGUCUCAAAACUGCCAAUAUCAAGGACCUGUUUCCGGUUGGCGACGACAUGGUCUGCAUUAUCGACGACCGCGAAGACGUGUGGAAUUACGCCGCCAAUCUCGUGCACGUGCGGCCCUACUCCUACUUCAAGAACACCGGCGACAUCAACGCGCCCUUCCCCAAGAACGCCGUCGCUAUCCAGCUGGAUGCUGCCGCCCCCGAGAAGGCAGAAGCGCCCUCGGAAGCCACGAAGCACCAGUACGAGAACCGCUUUGCCGACGGUGCCGCGGAGGAGACGCAGGAGGACGCCGACGACUACCUCCUCUAUCUGCGCACCAUUCUCAUCAACAUCCACGCCGAGUAUUACCGCCAGUAUGACGAACUGAAUCCGGCAUCCUCUGAGACGGCCAGCGGCGACACCAGCAACCGGAGACUGCCCAAAACCAAAGAAGUGAUACCGGUGCUGCGGAAGAAGGUCCUCCAGGGAUGCCGCUUGGUCUUCUCCGGAUUCUUCCCCAGCGACACUCCCUCGCCCGAGAGAGACAAGGCCGAAGCGUUGGUACGGUCCUUUGGCGCGGUGCCGCAGCCCAGCCUGCUGGACAAAGCCGCCGAGCCACAGAACUACACCACGCACCUCAUUGCCGCCAAGGAUGGCACGGAAAAGGUCCACAAAGCCCGCGAAAUGCACGUGCAUGUCGUCAACGCUGACUGGCUGGCCGAGUGCGUGCGACGCUGGGAGCGGGUUGACGAGAAACUGUUCCCCCUCAGUCAGGCCAGCAGCAGUAGCAGCGCCGGUCUGGUUCUGGCGGCCAAGGUGGACGCGCACCGCAACGGGCGCCCCCAGCGCAGCGACGCAGCCGUGAACGGAGGCAAGGCGGUGGGGAAGGAAGGCGAGAGGAAGAAGAGUGAGGAGGCGGCGGACGGCGCCAGUUAUUCUGCCGUACGGGAGCGCGAGGAAGCAGCGGGCCCGCGUCCCACGGCGGUGGAGCGGUCAGUCAGCUGUUUGUCGGGUCUGUCGGCCGACGACAUCCUCUGCAUGGAUCACGAGGUGGACGACGCCAUCGGUGAGGAGGACGACGAAGAGGAAUUCGCCUCUGAACACGCACCGUCCAAAUCCUCCGGGCUGCCGCACGAGAGCGCUUGGGCCGUGGGGCACCUGGAGAGCAGCUCCAGCUCGGAGGAGGCCGACGUGCUGCUGGAUGAAGAGGAGCGGGGCGCCAAACGGAAGCGGGACUCGUUGGAGCUGGAGUCGAGCGAGGACGAGGAGGCGCCGGAAGUGCGGCUGGCCAAGCAGCUGCGACAGGAGGACCUGAGUCUGACCAGCUCCAGUGCGGCUGGCGAUUCAGGCGAGGACGGGCCGCGCUUCAGCGACGACGACAACACGCUGGGCGAGAUGGCGCGCGAGCUGGAUGAGAGCCUGGAGGGCGGGGACUAAAGGCGAUGGCACCGGCAGGUUGAGUGUCUCGGGAGCGGCAUAAGAUGUCCCGUGCUGUAGAGUAUACAUGAACCGGCGAUUUUUGAGUAUUAGCUACGCUUACCAAUGCUCUGUUUUCUGCUGUCAGACGGAAAUUGACUGACAGACUUCACUGGUUGGCAGCAGUGCCAGUACAACUUGUCAGUCAGUGUUGUUAGUGUUGUCCCUUCUUUUGGAUUAGGCCAGAGCGAUGCCAGUAUUGGCGCUCCUGUACAAAGCACAACGUAUAAUGUACCUACAUUUUCUGUUAAUGUUUCCGUUUUGUUUCCCUAUGGGUCCUACUCUUGCUUAGUUUUACUGUAAAUAAAUACUGUACUUGUG